AUGGCUUCCUUCCACCUUGACAGCAAGCAAUUGAAAAAUGUCGAUGUCUCGGAUGCGCCAGGCUCGCCUCCAGACGGCGUAGACGAUGCCGUCUUCGACGACGGCCUCAGCCAUGUCGCCGAGAAGUUCAGAGGCACGUCGGCGGACAAGCGAGACAUGAUGGUUAUGGGCAAGAAGCAGGUGCUACGUCGAAACUUCAGCUUCAUCACUAUGCUCGGGUUUGCCUCGACCUGCAUUGCCAGCUGGGAGGGUAUUCUAACGUACCUUGGCUUCGUCUUGACUGACGGCGGCCUUCCCCUUCUCUUCUGGGGCUUUAUUGCAUGUGCUAUUGGACAGACUCUUGUUUAUGCCAGUGUGGCGGAAAUGGCUUCAAUGUCACCUACAGCUGGAGGUCAAUAUCACUGGGUGUCAGAGUUCGCACCUCAACGCAUGCGAAAGGUCCUCAGCUAUUAUUCUGGUUGGCUUACUGCCAUUGGCUGGCAGGUGUACAAUGCCAGUGUCUGUUUCUUGGUCGGCACCAUGAUUCAGGGAUUGAUUGUCCUGAACGACCCGACAUACAUCUACAAGAGAUGGCAUGGAACUCUGUUGUCCAUGUCCACCACCGUGUUCUGUAUCUCUUUCAACACCGUCCUGGCGUCGCGGUUACCAAUUAUAGAGGGUAUGGUGUUGAUCCUUCAUGUCGUGGGUUUCUUUGCCAUCGUCAUCACACUCUGGGUUAUGGCUCCUCGCGCCGAUGCGCACACCGCUUUGCUUGACUUCACCAAUAACGGCGGCUGGUCGAGCGAUGGACUAUCGGCAAUGAUUGGUCUGCUGGCGCCAAUGGCUGUGUUGGUUGGAUACGACUGUUCCGUUCACAUGUCCGAAGAAAUCAAGGAUGCCUCUGUCACCCUCCCUCGCGCCAUCAUGGGCUCUGUCACGGUCAACAUUACUCUGGUGUUCGUCGUGGUAACGACUCUUUGCUUCACCACCGGCGACCAGACUGCGGCCGCCCUGUCCGCCACCGGCUACCCAUUUAUUCAGGUGUUUUACGGCGCCACCAAUUCGCUCGCCGGCACAAACGUCCUGACUGCCAUCAUCAUCGUCAUGAUGGCCGCGUGCGCUGUGUCGGAAGUGGCUGCGGCGUCGCGCCAGAUCUGGGCUUUUGCUCGCGACGGCGGCCUGCCUGCAUCGCCCUGGCUUUCCAGGAUCUCUCCCGGCUGGAACAUCCCCCUGCCCGCCGUCACGGUGACGCUUUUGGUCUCUGCCCUGAUCUCGCUGAUCAACAUCGGCUCGACUGUCGCCCUCAACGCCAUUACCUCGCUGGGCGCCAUUGCCACUUUGAUCUCGUACUUUCUCACCAUCAGCUGCGUCCUCUACCGCCGCCUCACGGGGCCCGAGCUCCCUCCCAGGCGGUGGUCACUCGGACGAUGGGGUCUUGCUAUCAACGUCUCGGCUCUGCUGUUCCUGAUCCCCUUGAUCUUCUUCCUGAGUUGGCCCCUGGUAACCCCCGUGACGGCCACGACCAUGAACUGGUCGAGCACCAUGCUGGGCGGCUCCUUGAUCAUUGCCACCGCAUACUAUGUCGUGUGGGGCAAGACUUCAUACGUGCCACCGGUCGUCCACGUGAAGCGCGACAUGUGA